UUAAUCAACAUCAUUAAACCUAAAGUGAGCCCAAAACCUUUGGAAAAUAGAUUUAUUUUGAAAGUAUGGAUGUUUCAGUGUCGACCUUUCCGGACGUUUCGUAACACAGGAGGCGGGUAUGACUUGAGCAGCUGUGAGAGUCGACACACUCUGAUGUGGAUUGGGUCAACACUCCUGUUUUUUGUUUGAUUCUGCGGUUCCGACAUACAAUGUCACGCGUUUUGAUCGUUGGUGCCGGUCUAACCGGAAGUGUGUGUGCCUGCCUGCUGAGGAGAGAACUGCAAAACAGAGUCCAGAUAGUGGUUUGGGACAAAGCUCGUGGCUCAGGAGGACGCAUGUCCACCAGUCGACCUCCCGACCCCUGCUCUCACACUGCUGACCUUGGAGCACAGUAUAUCACUGCCACAGUGGCCUAUGCAAAGUCACACCACAGCUUCUACUCAGAGCUGCUCUCCUCUGGUGUCCUGCAGCCGCUCAUCGCUCGCAUCGAGGGCAUGAGACAGACUGAAGGCAGUAAAAACUAUGUGGCGCCCGGCGGCACGUGCAGCCUGGUCAAACACUUCCUGUCACAAGCUGGAGCUGAGCUGUUCUUUGAUCGCCAUGUGACAGGUCUGUACUGCCGUGGUGCAUCAUGGGAGGUGCAGAGAAAAGCUGGAGACAGAGAGACAUUUGAUGCUGUGGUCCUCACCAUGCCGGUCCCUCAGAUCUUGCAGCUGCAGGGAGACCUGGGACAGCUGCUGUCCAUCCAACAGAGGGAGCAGUUGGACAGUGUUGUGUACUCGUCUCGUUUCGCCCUGGCUCUCUUCUUCGCUCCGGACGUUAACUUCAGUUUUUCGUGGGCUGCUCGGUACGUCAGCGACAGCAGCUGCAUCAGGUACAUCGCAGUGGACUCACGGAAACGUAACGCAGACUCUCCAGGUUUGGGUCCUUCCCUCGUUGUUCACACCAGCGUUGACUUUGGUCUCCAGCACCUCGACCAGGACAAGGACCUGGUCCAGCCAGUCAUUGUGGAGGAGCUGCAGAGGCUCCUCCCAGAUCUGCCUCAGCCUAUCAGCGUCAAGUGUCAGAAGUGGCGUUACUCCCAGGUUCUGACAGCAGUCCCAGACAGUCCAGGUCACAUGACCGUUUCGGACCAACCGCCACUGCUGCUCGCCGGCGACGCCUUCACUCACUCCAAUUUUGACGGCUGUGUGGAAUCUGCACUCAGUGCAUUGGGAGCGCUGAAGGGUGUGAUCAGAAGUCCCAUCACUAAUCAAUAAUCAGUAUGUAUCAAGUCACCUGAUCAGUAAUAAACCAGGUUAGUUCUAAUAAA